AUGGCCGCCCACCCAGUACACGCCUCCCUUCCUCUAUUCGCGCAAUUCGCAUCCGAGGACUUCGUAAUCGGCGGCGGGGUCGCCAUUUUCCACAUCGCGAGCGGCAGUGUCGUCAUCUGCAGCGCCGAGGACCGAAAGGGAAGGACGUAUUAUUUCCUCCCAAAGGGACGGCGGGAUGCAGGAGAGGAGAGCGGCAGAGGUGCGGAAAGGGAGGGGUAUGAGGAGUCCGGCUACCGCAACCGCCUCCUCCCCCUGCCAAUCCGACACCACCAGCCGCAAGCGCAUCCGCGCACCGAGGCGCCUGCCCUAACGGCCGAGCCAGUGUGGAUGCAACUCAUGCCCGUGAGCCGCUAUCAGUAUGUUUUAUACUGGUACAUCGCUGAGACGCUCCCGCCGUCCCUUGAGGAGGAACUCGACGCCCAAGCUGGAGAAGCAUACAAACCUCCUCCACCGUUUCCUAAAGAUCUCACGUUGAGGGAGAGGAUAAAGAUGGAGCCAGAGGGGUAUGAGCCACGGCAUCACGAGGGGACCGGGGUUGAUGAGGAGGAGAAGGCUUAUAAAAGCUACUUGGUGCCGGUGGAGGAGGCGGUGAUGAAGUUGGGCGGGAGAGGGGUUCUGGUAGAUGUGGUGUUGAGAGGGUGGAAGGGGAUUCAGGAACGGAUGAGGUUGGAGGAGGAGGAAUGGGUGGAUGAGGAUGGGAAGGGUGUAGUGGAUUGA